GUGAAGCAAGUCUAAUUGAAACACAUAUUUUCUUGUGGCCAAGAAUGUGCUGGAGACUUUGCAUGACAGUCCAGUGAAGGAUUCCAAACUUGGUCAUUUUCCACCAGUGUAGCCAAAACUUUGUGAUCCGGGUAUCUUUGAACAACACUGAAUCAACGCAGCCUCUGCCAAGAAGCGCAUUAAAAAACACCCGUGGGACCUCUGCUUAUUUAUCAUAAGAGAAGCUGAACAUAAGUGCCCUUUUCUUCCACUUACAAUGGCUAAAGGAAGCGCCUUCAUGAGAAGACUAUGCAUCGUUCUUAAUAUUCUGCUCGUGUUCUUAGGGAUGGGCUUGCUUCUGGUUGGGAUAGUGAUAAGCACUUUUAAGACUAAGCCACUGAUAGGUGGAUAUUACUGGCAAGAUGGGACUUACAGUGUAUUCUUCAGCAUUGGAUUUGGAUUGGCCACCAUCCUGCUCUCCAUCAUAGGAAUCUAUGGAGCAUACCAAGAGCAUGUCUUGGUUCUCUUUUUGUACAGUAUUUUCAUGACUCUUGAAUUCAUUGCCCUCUUAACCCUGACGGUCAUAUCCAUGCUCACAGAGCCACAGAUGGAGAGGACAGCUGAGGAGAGUUUUAAAAACAUGACCACAUUUUAUAAUACAGACAAAGACUUCCGUGAUGAGCUCAACAAACUCCAGCAGGAGUCUGAGUGCUGUGGUCUGAUAUUUCACGGUGACUUUAAAGAUAAGAUACCUCCUUCAUGUGACUGUCCUCAAAACUACAUGGACAAAGAAGCCAGAUGUACAAAAAUUGAGAACAAAAAUGAUAACUCGACGUUGCGCUACAUCUAUGAGGCGACCUGUAACCUGAUCUUAAUGAAACGUGUGAAGAACACUUUGAGGAUCAUGUAUGGAACAGACUUUACCUUAGCAACUAUUAUGCUGGCUACUGUGAUUGUGGCCUUUCUCAUGUGGCAGAAAAUCAACGAGCUCUCAUCACGCUCAGGCAUCUCACACAAGAGAACGAAGUACGAACUCCAGCCACGCAAAAUGACCUGAUGCCUUCGUCAUCUUUAUAGUAUCUCGAGAAGGUUAGAACAUCAGGAGAAAGCUGUACAACCAAAACAAGAAGACAGGUUGCCAGUAACGUAUCACUUAUCUGCAGGUUAAUUCAAGCUUAAUAGCUAGUCACUGAUUCUCACUCAUUCUGUAUCUAUUGGUUUUAUGGCAAUACAGAUUUAAUGUGGAUUUAUUUGAUCAAAUAUGUCUUUUAUAUCUUUACAUGCUGGAAACCCUCCUAAUAACACGUGUAGGUGUGAAUCAGAGAGGAAGGAAUUGGGGAUCAUCUCUGGAAUACAAGAAUAUAACUCUUUCAUUUUUGAAGGUUAAUUAGAAGCAAAGUUUUUGUUUGUGUUUGUCAUAAGUUGUGUUAGUAAAUAAUAAUAAUAAUAAUAAUAAUAAUAAUAAUAAUAAUAAUAAUAAUAAUAUUUAAGGCAGCUAGAUUUUAUUUCUAUAAUUAGUUACACACGUACCUUCUAUCCCAAAAACUACUAAAAAAAUUGUAAAAAUAUAAUUUGGAAAUUUGUAAGAAAUGGAUAAAAGUAAUUUAACCAAUGAUAUUAACAACUAAUAAUUUACAAAAAAAAAAAUUAAUUAUUCCUAAAUAUGUAUAUAUUGAAAUAUUUCUAAUGUGUUAGUGACACUGGUCCUAAUUAUUUGAUUUCUUAGAGAAGGUGGAUUUUUUCCCCUCUGGUUAUAAUGUUUUCACUCUGCUUAUUAAUAUAGUAUAAUUUAUAUAACAACAGCCAUUAAGUUUGUUCUUCAUUAAUUUUUUUCUGCCAAAAAUGUAGUUAAUUCAUUAUAUCAUGAAUCUAUGAAACAUAUUCCUGGUAAAUGUAACUCAGUCCAUGUUUUCACUGGUUUUGCUAAAUAUUCUACUGAUAUUCUUUACAUUUUUGCUUUCAGCUUUUCUAUUUCCAGUCAUUAUUAUUCACUAAACGUUAUCAUGAAGAAGAUGCAUAUAAUACAUUAUCUAUCUAUCUAUCUAUCUAUCUAUCUAUCUAUCUAUCUAUCUAUCUAUCUAUCUAUCUAUCUAUCUAUCUAUCCAUCCAUCCAUCCAUCCAUCCAUCCAUCCAUCCAUCCAUCCAUCCAUCCAUGCAUCUAUUUAUUUAUUUAUUCUCAUCUAUCACCAAAAGGCUGCCUUAUUUAAAUCCUUGACAGAUUUAUUCAUGUAAAAUGUUCAACAGUUUCAUUUUCCCAAGUGUGCCUUCAGUUUUAUCCAAUUUACCAUCGCAAUAUCAACGUGAUUGUAAAUAAAUCAUGGAGUUUGUGUUCAUUAACUAGUAAGUACUAUACUACGAGCUGAUCUGAAUCACUUGUAUGCAUUAUGGAUACUUUUACCAAACAUGGAAACAGAUUUAGAUGGAAGGAAUGUCAUCAGGAAAUGAAAAUAUAGUGUGUUACUAUUGUGCUUAAAUUCUUCAUUUAAACAAGACAGAUAUUUGAAGUAGAAAUCAGCUUUACGAUCACUGUUAUAACGUUUAUGUCCCACACAGAGCGUUUAUGAAUACUAUUUGAUGUCCUGACACUGUUUAAGAGAAACGUUAGCUACUAUUCAGAGAAAUAAAUAAACAGCUGCUGCAGCUAUUCGGUUUUAAUAACUGACUUAUGAAGUUGCAUACUGUAUGUAUGAAUAUUGUUUUUAUAAAGGUUAUAAAGCAUUAUAAAAGUUAAAGAUGUUAAAGUGCUUUUUUUCUUGUACUGAAUUCUGUUCAACUGCAGUGUUUGUAUCUGUCUCAAUUCUUAAACCUUUAAUCAAUACUUAUAAUAAAUCCACGUGAGCUGUGGUUCAUUAAUCAACCUAGUGAUACUGAGAUCUUUUCUUAAUCAUAAUCUGUAGAUGUCAUGGAUUAAAGUAGCAAUAAGUAUUACUUUAUAUAAUAAAAAAUAAUCUUUAAAUAAAUAAAUAAAUAAUUAAAAAAAUAAAUAAUAGAAUAAGCUUUAGUCGCCUGUAUAAGACAAAGGAAAAUGCUUUCUUUAAUCACUGACCUAUCUGUGUCUCCAUUUUUAAGAAUUGAAAAUAUAGAAUGAAAUGUUUGAGUUUUUUUGGAUCCCUGCGCUCCAUAUCAUCUAGCCUAUAUCAUCUUUUACAAACUGCUGCUUACACUGUAUCAUAGGGUGGUAUAACAAAACUCAGUGGAACUUAGAGGAAACUGUAAUCUAUACUUUUUCAUGUACACAAGCUCACAGAUACCCACAGUGUAAGCUCCAUGAAGACAUGGUGUAGAGGUUAAGGUUGGAGUGGAAGAACUGGAGUGUCCGGCACAGAGCCCUGACUCUGACUCAACCCCACUGAACACCUUCAGGAUGAACUGGAACACCGACUGAACCCCAGACCUCCUCACUCUUACAGCAUCAGUGUCUGAUCUCACCAAUGCUCUUGUAGCUGAACGAUCACUAAUCAUAGUGAAACCUUCCACUCAAAUUUAUCAUGUAUUGUAGCAGCUUCAGUGAUCUUGUUAAAUAUUGAAUGAUUGCUUUAUGAAGAGAAAUCGUACUGAAUCUUAUUAUAACAAAUUCAGUGAUAUCAUCUAAUAUUGCAUUAUGAAUUUAAAUUGUAUUGUAGCAGAUACAAUGGCACUGUCUAAUAUCUAAUCGUUGCACUAAGCAUUAAAAUCAUAUGGUGUGAUAACUUAAGGUUUACACUUCUUGAAAACACUGGCCUCAUUGCCUUAUGAACUGAAUUUGUAUUGUAUCUUAUUGUAGCACAUUCAGUGAUAUCGUCUAAUAUUUAAUUGUUACCUUACCAAUUACUAUGUAAGACUACAGUGAACGGACUUGGACUGCCGAAAGGAUUUUUGGCGCUUCCCUGCCCACCCUUCAAGAAC